GACUUUUUAUGUUGUCGUAGGAUCUGGCAACCCGAGCCUAACGGCCGGUGGUGACGUAGCGUCAGCUGUCCGUGUUUGUUUAUUACACAGGGAGGUGUUGUGGCGGCUUUGGAGCUAAAAUAGCAUCAUUAUAAAAGUUUCAAGAAUGAUUUAAUGACGAGGAGGUGAGAUGACGGUGUGUGCUCUGUCCAUGUGGGAUGGCCUGGGUGAUGAGGCCACAGCGCUGGGAGGAAUGCUGCUCCUGCUCCUAGCACUGGUCCUGGCCUGGCUCUCCACCCACGUGGCUGAUCGAGGCGAUCACAUCCUCGGCACGAUCCUUACCGUGGGUGCCCACGCUUCACUCAUUGGCCUAGGCGGUCAUGACAGUUAUGCGGUCGCUCCAUCCAGCUCAGAGUCAGGUGAACAGCAGAGUGACGAGACAACAGACGAGGAAAAACAGGAGGAUGACGAGGAGGAGGGAGAAGGAGGAGACGAGCUGCUGGAUAUCCAGGGAGGCAGAAAGACAACGAGCCAAGAGCGCGAGGGCACAGAGGACGAUGAGGACGAGGGUGCGAACAUCACGGUACGACUGAAGUUUCUGAAUGAUACAGAGGAGCUGGCUGUGCUGAAGCCUCAGGAUACAGUUGGAGAACUGAAAAGUAAGUACUUCUCUGGGCGUGAGCGUCAGAUCAAGCUGAUCUAUCAGGGGCAGCUGCUGCAGGACCCACGACGCACACUGCUCUCACUCAACAUUACCCACAACAGCGUGCUGCACUGCCACAUCUGCCAGGCUCAGAGUCCAUCCUUGCCCCAGCCCGAGCCAGACGACGGGCAGCGCGCUCCUGCUGGAGCAGGUAUCAGCAGCAGCUUGCGCUCAGCUGUUCUCACGUUCAGCACAGGCAGUCUGGUUGUCCCGGUGUUUGUAGUGCUGUUAGCUGUGGUCUGGUAUUUCCGCUUCAACUACCGACAGCUAUUCACUGCGCCGGCCACCGUCUCUCUGGUGGGAGUCACCGUCUUUUUCAGCUUCCUCAUUUUUGGCAUGCACAGCCGCUGAGGAUACAGACAGAAGAUGGAAAGGAGAAAGGAGGCAGGUUAUUGGGAGAGAGGUAAAAAGGAAUCAGGGUAAAAGAUGACAUUCAUCUUUCUACUGAAAUGCAUUCAGUGGAAGGAAUCUGAAGUGAAACAGCAGCUGUGUUAUAAGGAGAAGAAAUAGUAGCAGACAAAGUACUCAGGGAGCCUUCUGGCUUCUGGUGCCAUUUAGAUGCCUGGUGUGUGUGUGUGUGAGAGAGUGAGAGUGAGGGAAAGAGAGAGA